GAAAUGUUUUCGCUCCAGUGCUGUCAUUUUCUAUUCAUCUCAAUUAUGCUAGUCUUCUGUAUUGAAUAGUUACUACAUUCCUAUCCAAAGAGACAGUAUUUGAUGUAAAUACACGAAAUAUAUCAGGUACAACACUUUAACGAUUGCCAACAUCGUCUGAAAUGCGGUUCYUGAAAAAAUAUUWACGAUUACAAAGUGAAGAAUCACCUGAUUAUCGCGCAGGACUAUUUUGAGGUUGAGUAGAGAUAAACUCGGCGACAAAAAUACCGAAUACUGUUUACUCCUAGAUUAAGAAAGCCGCCUCAAUUUCCGAGGGUAAUUUACAACUUCAUAUCGAUCUUAAAUCGAUUGUAAAGUGUUCAAAUACAGUAUUAAAUAACUGACGUUUUAUAGGAUUUUUUUCUGUGUAACGUUUCGGAGUUGUUUAUCCUGUAAUCCUCUCAGCAUAUUUACCUAAAGAUAAAAUGCAACAAUUUUUCUUACAGCUGCACGAUAAACCUUUGUGUAAAGUUAAGAUAUGACUUAUACAAUUUGAAACACUACUGCCGCGUAUCAUGAAGAUUUCCGAAGAAAAAAACACGAAAGAUAUGGAUCUUGAUGAAUCACAACCACCUAUUUAUAAGGAAAAGAUGUUGGCAAUUAAAUACACUUUUAUCAGCUUUUUGUCCAAUACGACUCUGCUCUUAAAUAUUUAGGRAAUUUCAAUUAUCAAAAACCCGAAAGUUCGCCAGGAAAUGGUGUUUCUCGCUAAGGGGCAUCGAUGUCUGGUGCUUUGAUCUAAUUUCAUCGUUUUGUUCAAGCCAGGAGUGACGCACUAAAUGGCUCAAUUGCCCCGAUGGUAAUUCGCUCCCUCGCUUUAUAAGGCGAUCACGUGAUUCAUAGAGAGGAAAGGUGCACCAAAUCGCACUGUUCUCACGUAAAACAAGAGCAAAUCACGCGAAACGUAUUACGAUAUUGAUAAGUUUGAGAUGAAAGUCAAAAAGAUCAGUAAAGUUACAAGACAUUUAGAAGCUUUAUCAAGUUGCAUUUCUGCAAGUUAACGAUGGCGAAGAGCUUAGAAGACCGUAAAACAAGAAAAAUUUGGCAAUUGUUUACAUUACUUCUGUUUUGCUGCUUCCUGUUAGAGAAUGUUACAACCGAAGAAUGUUCACCAGAAACAAGACGRGCGAUGGAAGAAGCACAAAACCUGUCAGACUUCAUAAACAGCGUGAUCCAGAAAUAUCAUAGAAACGUCAGACCAAAUGCUGGAGGGAAAAAAGUUAUGGUUGAAGUAGAAUUUAAAGUUAUAUCAUUUGGCGAAAUAAAGGAAGCAGAAAUGGAGUACUCGAUGGAUAUAUUCUUUCGACAAUGGUGGUAUGACAGGCGAUUUGCACAUAACUUUAGUACACCUUUUACCAUGGCAGCAGACCCUACUGAGAUGUUCUGGACACCUGAUACUUAUUUCUGGAAUGUCAAGCAAGCUAAUUAUCACAGGGUGACCAGAGAGAACAUGAGAGUCAUGAUCAAUCCUGAUGGAAAAAUCUAUUUUAGUGCAAGGAUCACUUUAACUCUACAAUGUGAUAUGGACCUUCGUCUUUACCCUAUGGAUACACAACACUGCCCACUAAGAAUCGAAAGCUACGCUCACACGACAGCUGAUGUUGAUUAUAGAUGGAAGGGUGAGAUCGAAAUCGUGUCCAAACAAAUGGCACAGUUUGAUUUGUUGGGUAUCUCCACAGAAACGAAAGAUAGCACUAACAGUAAAGGAUCGUUUGCAAGGCUUGUAGCGAGGUUUCGGUUCCGUCGACGUCUCGAUUUCUAUGUGUCAUCUAUCUACGUCCCUGAAGUAAUUCUUGUUGUCUUGUCAUGGACGACGUUCUUCAUUACCCCGACAGCGGUCCCAGCAAGAACAGCGCUGUCAAUCACAACUAUUCUCACUACUAUACUCCUAUCAAGCUCUGUUAAUGCUAACAUGCCUAAGGUUAGCUAUAUGAAGGCGAUCGACCACUUCAUGCUCAUCUCAUUUGGAUUCAUCUUUGCUGCUUUGAUCGAGUACAUUUUAGUACUAAACACACCAAUGAGUUUUAGAGAAACCUUUCCGUCAAUAAAACGCAUGUUUUCCAAACCCAAGGAAUUACAGAGUCCUAAAAUGGACGCGCUAAUGGACAUGGAACAAGUAAGGACACCGAAAAGGAAAGCAAUCACGAAACCAAAGGUUCAUUGGAUUGAUCAAACGUCUAAAUAUCUGUUUCCUGUGGCUUAUGGGUUGUUUUUUUCGAUCUACUGGAUUCAUUACAAGCAAAUAAGCAACUAAUCAUCAAUGACAUGCGCAGUAUCAAUAGGCAUGUGCACCUAACUUCAAGACGUUGCCGCUGGGAAUCUAAAGCAACAAGGAAUUCCGGGACGCAAAGGAGUUCGGUUUUCGUUUAUUUUUGUAUUAAAAAAACAGAGGUGUAUCAUAAUCACACAAAUACAGGCUUACAAGCCAUGUGGGAUAGGCUCAAAAAACAUUAGCGAGCAURUGCAAUGGGUGAAAUUGACGCAUGCUCUUGCAAUGAUCACAGCUGACUCAUAAAAGACAUAAAAACUGAAUGAUCGAUCUAUACUUUAUAAAAAGUACCAAAAGUCCUUUCCGGCCUGGCCGUUGUACUUAUUAACAAAAAUAACUACUGUUUUCGAGUAUGUGUGUAUAUGAACAAAACUGACAUAGUGACUGAAAUGAUAAAGAUGUCCUAAAUUGACGUCUGAAAUGCAUGAACUAAAGCCAAACGGAAUCAAGAUUAAUGUUUUAUAUACUUCUUGAGCGGUAAGCUGGCAGUCACUGCGGGAAAGUUUGCAGAUGGAGUCUGAAGCUCAUCGUCAUUUGUUGUCAAGUGUGARAUAUCAAUGAAAAAAGUGCUUGGCAUGGUUUCUCGAUUGCGAAAUGCACUAAAACUGGACAUUUGCUCAGUAAAUUAAUUCCUCAGUCUGAAUCAAUGAAAUUAAAUAUCACUGACAUAACUAGCUGGAUGACUARAUAUACUUUAGUGCUAAUACUGGUCCACGGCUUUAUAAAAACCAAUAUGCAAUCAGGUGUGUCCUGAUGAGUCUACAUUGUUAUGGCGUAAAAAUCCUAUUCAAGAACUAUGUCCUCUAUAACGACCUCUAUUAGAAUAUCCUUAUAACCUUUUAAGGUAACUCUCUCAGUGGUUAAUCACUGUUAUCCUAUCUGAACAAGACAAACGUGUAAGARGUACUUGUGCGUUUUUGUGGCGUUUUGUGUUCUCAAUUAUAUUGGGAAAACAAUACUCAGUCGAGUCAAGGAGAGAACUAAGAAAAGAAUAUCGAUAAACGUUUGUAAACAGUCUUGUCUGGACAAGAAAAUAAAGCAUUGUUAAUUUUAUUUAA